CUUCAUUCACUAUCUCCUCAAAACUUUUCUUUUUCUGUUCUUCUUUAGCCUCAAUUGGAUUCGGUUUUCAUUUCCAGCCAUGACCAACUUUAAACAAACUCAGCUCUUGACGUUUCUUUGCUGCUUUCUCAUCCUACUUCCUUCCCUAGUACGAGGAGACUGCACGUGCGAACCUGAAGAUGAAGAUCGGAAUAAGCCACUGGCGCUCAAAUACAAGAUGGCUGCUUUAGUUUCGAUUCUCGUUGCUGGAGCUAUUGGGGUUUGCUUUCCUCUGCUUGGGAAAACUAUCAAGGCUUUACGUCCCGAAAAGAAUGUUUUCUUCUUGAUCAAAGCCUUUGCAGCAGGUGUCAUAUUGUCGACAGGGUUUAUCCAUGUUCUUCCUGAUGCUACUGAGAACUUGACAUCUCCUUGCCUCAAUGAAAAUCCUUGGGGGAAGUUUCCGUUCGCUGGAUUGGUGGCUAUGUCCGCUGCAAUUGCUACAUUGAUGGUUGAUAUGUUUGCAACUUCUCACUACACUAAGUCUCACUUUAAUAAGGCCCAACAGAGUGACGGUGGUGAUGAAGAGAAAACAGGGGAGCAUGAAAAUCACGUACAUGUUCAUACUCAUGCUACUCAUGGCCAUGCUCAUGGUUCUGUGUCUAUGCUUGAGCGUUCAGUUUCAUCUGAGCUUCUUCGACAUCGAGUAGUAUCUCAGGUUUUGGAGUUGGGAAUACUGGUGCACUCAGUGAUAAUAGGGAUAUCUUUGGGUGCAUCUGAAAGUCCAAAGACUAUAAAACCUUUGGUGGCUGCACUCACCUUUCACCAGUUCUUCGAGGGCAUGGGACUUGGUGGAUGCAUUUCUCAGGCAAAAUUCAAGUCUCGAGCUGUUGCAAUUAUGGCAAUCUUUUUCUCUCUCACAACCCCGGUAGGAAUUGCUAUAGGAAUAGGCAUAUCAAAUGUAUACGAUGAGAACAGCUCAACUGCUCUUAUUGUUGAAGGGAUCUUCAACGCGGCAUCAGCUGGGAUCUUAAUAUAUAUGGCGCUUGUCGAUCUUCUGGCUGCUGAUUUCAUGAAUCCAAAGUUGCAAAACAAUGGAAUACUUCAAGUAGGAGCAAGUGUUUGUCUUCUUCUUGGAUCUGGUCUUAUGUCUCUCCUGGCUGUUUGGGCUUAAAGGUCAAUUAAUUACAUAAUCAAAAUUAAUGGAAUUUGACUUUAUAAUUUUGCAUAAAAUUAAAAAA